UCGUUUCCUUCUUUCCUUCCGUCCAGCUGUUUCUGAAAUCUCUCGCCGUCUCGUCGUCCAAGCUGACCUUUUCGCACUCUCUCAUUCUUUCCCUCCUGUGGAUUAUAGAUCUAAGGCUAAAGAUUCAAUCUUUAAUUUCGUUUUCUUUCAGUUCAAACGAGAUAAAACAACUCCUUUUUCUUUCGGGUAAUUCUUCACAUUCAUGGCUCCUACGCCUUCUUCCAAGCCUAAUCACCCAACCCAGUCAAAAACCCCACAAUCCAGGCAUCGUCUGAAUUUCAAUGGUGUGAAAGCACACCAAACUCCGAACUCGAACUUGGCUGCCAAGGAGGUCCCUUCAGAGCACCCAGUCGAGGUCAUAGCGAGAAUUCGUGAUCACCCAGAUCGCAAAGAGAAGCCUUUACCGGUUUUGCAGAUCAAUUCGAACACACAAUCGAUCCGGGUUCGGGCUGAUUUUGGGUACAGAGAUUUCACCCUUGAUGGGGUUUCUGUGUCUGAAGACGAGGACCUCGACGAUUUUUACAAGAAGUUUGUGGAAUCGAGGAUUAAGGCGGUCAAGUUGGGGGAGAAGUGCACUAUUAUGAUGUAUGGACCCACGGGUUCUGGAAAGAGUCACACCAUGUUCGGAUGUUCAAAGCAGGCGGGUAUUGUUUAUCGGUCUCUAAGGGACAUUCUUGGAGAUGGAGACGAAGGUUCUGAUUCUAAGGGAAGUGAACAUCCUUGCCUGGGAAAUUUUGUUCAAGUCACUGUUUUGGAGAUUUAUAACGAGGAGAUUUAUGAUCUCUUGUCCACAAAUGGAGGGGGAGGAUUUGCAGGACUGGGCUGGCCUAAAGGCAAUUCUUCCAAGGUGAAACUUGAAGUGAUGGGAAAAAAGGCAAAGAAUGCAACCUAUAUAUCUGGAACUGAAGCAGGAAAGAUUUCAAAAGAAAUUCAGAAGGUAGAGAAGCGCAGGAUUGUUAAAAGCACUCUUUGUAAUGAAAGGAGUUCUCGAAGUCACUGCAUGAUAAUCCUCGAUGUUCCAACAGUGGGAGGGAGACUAAUGCUUGUAGAUAUGGCAGGAUCAGAGAAUAUUGAGCAAGCUGGUCAAACUGGAUUCGAAGCCAAAAUGCAGACAGCAAAGAUCAAUCAAGGAAAUAUAGCACUGAAGAGGGUGGUUGAGUCUAUUGCCAAUGGCGAUUCACAUGUUCCCUUCAGAGACAGCAAACUUACUAUGCUCCUGCAGGAUUCCUUUGAGGAUGACAAGUCAAAAAUUCUGAUGAUUCUGUGUGCAAGUCCCGAUCCCAAGGAGAUCCACAAGACCAUCUCCACUCUUGAAUAUGGAGCAAAAGCAAAAUGCAUUGUUCGUGGUCCUCUAACCCCGGUUAAGGAUGAAGAACCUUCUGCUGUCAUCUUGGGGUCCAGAAUUGCUGCAAUGGACGAAUUCAUCAUGAAGCUGCAAAUGGAGAACAAAGCCAGAGAAAAAGAGCGGAACGAGGAGCACAAAAAGCUUAUGAAGAAAGAAGAGGAGGUUGCUGCACUGAGGGCUAAGCUUGAGAACAUGGAAGGCAAAGAGAAUACUCCUAGUGAAGAAGAGAUCAACAUGAAGGUAUUCGAACGAACUCAGCUUCUGAAACAAGAGUUGGAGAAGAAGUUGGAGGAGUGCCAACGGAUGGCCAACGAGUUUGUCGAAUUGGAAAGGAGGAGAAUGGAAGAGAGGAUAUUACAGCAGCAGGAGGAAGUUGAAAUUCUGAGGAAGAGACUAGAAGAAAUUGAGCUUCAGCUACGUUGUUCAAGGGAUGGAGGAGGCUAUAGUGAGGAAAAUGAGUCCAACGAAAUGGAAUCAAGUGGGUUUGCCAGGAGGCUAAUGCGUAUAUAUAAGAGUGAGGAGGACCCUGGGAUGGUUAAAUCCAUGGAUUUGGACAUGGAUGAUCAAGAACCUCUGGUUUUGUGCAGGGUUGAUAACAAUACGAGCCAAAACUUCUCUUCAAGCCAACCCUUUAAUUCUCUAGAUGGGGUGUUAGAAUCUGAUGUUUUUGCACCAAGAUACGGUCUUAGCACAGUAUAUGAAGAUGAAGAAGGAGAAGGAGAGAAGGAUCAUGAGGAGAGGGUGGAAGAUGACGAAGUGGAGAAAGAAAUCAUAGAGGAGAAGAGGGUAUGCUCUGUUCAGAAUUUCGAGCUCACGUCAACAAACUUGCCUAGAACAAGUCCGAAACAAGAUGAUGAUCAUUGUUUCAAACACAAUCAAGAGGAGGACAAGGAGUCGGCUUCAUCUAGACUGCUGAGAAUUCAGACUAUAUUUACUCUCUGUGGGAACCAAAGAGAGCUCUCGCAGCAUGUGGGAACUCCAAUUCCUCCUUCAAAGAAGUCCAGUGAUUUCAAGAUAUCCCCAGUGACCAAGUCAAGCGAGAAGGAUUCCUCCAUCCUCAAAGUCUCCAACAAGGAAAACAUGGAACCACAUUAUAUUGUGGGAAAUUAGUAAGCUUUGGACCAAGGAAAAAGCUUGUACAAUAUAGGAUGAAUGAUGUACGCGUUGUGUAAAGGGAAACAUACUAGCGUUUCUUCAUGCUCUGUGUGUCAUUUUAUGGUCUAUUUUUUUUGGAAUGAAUACAUGUGCUCUAUUCAUUCAUUCAUCCCAAUUAAUGUCUUCUUGUUGAUAUACCCUUGCAUGAUUGAAAUGCAGAAGCUACAAAGAUGAAA